GGAGAAUCUAAUUAAUUUGGCCCCAAAAAACACUCGAAUAAAUGCCAUGACAGCGUCAAAUGGAGAUAGAAUAUAGAUAUAUGACCCACCAGCCCGAUUGCCCUCCCCCAGCCAGCCCUCACGCCCAUUGCCAAGGGCUGGAAACUCGCAAACCACAUGUAUAUAUGUACGAUCCGGGCAUCGGCCGCGCACGUUUUUCGACGACGAACAGAUUUCAGUCACUUGCUGGGAGAGGGAGAGGCACGACGAAGUUAAUCACCGCGUGUUUUUCUAAUCGCUGCAACUGGCUGCACCACGAUUCUCUGUACAACAUGUCUGUGACCCAGACGAAGCAAAUCAAAUUCUACAACCCAUCGAGUUCCGCGAGCUCCGACAGGUAACGAACGACAUUUUAAUGCUGCGUAAGGUGCGAAAAUCCAACAGAAGUCAUUAGAGUGUGAUACACACGCCAAUACACGCGCACAGGCACGCAUACCGAGGCAUGUGCUCCAAUCCAAGCCAUUCAUCAUCGUCCAUCGUGGGGCCUAAACACGCAAUAAAAAUAAAUGCUAGGAAAACGGCAUAGGUUUACGUGCACACAUACCGUCAAAUAUAACGUAUGUUAAAUUCAAAUUCAAUACUUGCCGGUUGCAGCUGAAAAGAGAAAGGGAGAUGUGGAGAGGCCGAUAGAGAGAGUGCGAGCGAGGCAGACCCCUUGCGAGAACAGUUACAAACUAGAGAUGCGCGCGUGAGCAGUAUUUUAUCCUAACUAACAUAAUUUAAAAAAGUACAAAUUUAAUUUCCAAUUACAUAUAUACAUAAUUUCUAAAUUUAUCCGAAUACAAUGUGAGGAAAAAAGGACCUUAUAUUAAAUCAAGAUAAAUUCACGUGAUGUUAUUAUUUUGAGUAACGGAGUGAACCAGGUACAAAUCGUGACACGGAUAAACACGCCUCACGAGCGCACCUUUAUUACAAACGCAGCGGCAACAACAACAACAGCGAGACGGCGGCAGAGGCAGCGGCACAAGCAGCGCAGCUUUUUAACCUUUCCUGCCUUCGCACUUUUUUGUCAUUCAAUCGUUGCCCAAACGCUGCCCACCUCACACCGCCACGCCUCCACCGCCGCCUUCGCUGCUCGCAUUUUAUUAGUUAUCGAAUAAAUAUUGGCCGCAACGCAAAAGGCAAAAAGAUACGCGGCGCUGCGAAGGAAAUAAAAGCUCUAAAUCACAUGUGAUCCGCGCCGGCCCAUGUGCAAGCGAUUCUUGUGAGCGUGUCGAGUGCGAGUGUAUGUGAAAGUGAGUGACUGACCCAUUUUGGCAUCCCGGCACCGCGCGAGACUGCGACGUUCUGUUCUCACACCCACGCCACGCGCACUGAAUCCACUCGCUCCUGGCAGACGAUUCUAAAAUGAGCAGCAUCACGUUUUUGUGCAGCAAGUCGAGCCACAACAACAAUAGCGAUGUCCAAAAGGGGAAGCAAGCGUCUCCGGCCUUUGCAUCGGGGCCUGCCGGCUUACUAGCCAUCGUUACCCACCAACAGCAACAACAACUACACCAGCAGCAGCAACCACAGCUGAAGUCAAAGGUUAAGGCUACAGCAGCAGCAGCCAAAACCAAUGGUCACAUCGAUGACCGGUCAGAUGUCACGGAACAGCUUUAUGUGGAUCCAUACGCUGACCUGGGAAAUGGCUUGCCCGGGGAUCUCAACUGCUGCCCGGCCUCGCCCACUACAGUGCCUGCCAAAGCAUCGCUGGAGUCGCCGUUGAAACGCUCUGGUCGGAGACAGCGAACCACGUCAAUUGGCAAUCAGACCACCACCGCGAAUCCGUCCGAAUGCAUCAUACGCGCCAACAAUCGUACGAUCUACACGGCCGGACGUCCGCCGUGGUACAAUUGUGCCGGGCAGCAGGUCGAGCCCUUCGUCAUAGGAAUUUGCGGAGGAAGUGCGUCUGGCAAGACCACAGUGGCAGAAAAAAUCAUUGAGAGUCUGGACGUGCCCUGGGUGACACUCUUAUCCAUGGACUGUUUCUACAAGAUCCUUAAUGAAAAGCAGCAUGAGCAGGCCCUAAUCAAUGAAUACAACUUCGAUCACCCGGAUGCCUUUGACAUUGAGCUGUUGCUGGAUGUGCUCACCAAGCUCAAGGAGGGUCGCAAAGUCGAGGUUCCAGUGUACAAUUUUGUGACACAUGGUCGCGAGAGUCAGACGAAAACGAUGUACGGUGCGAAUGUGAUAAUCUUUGAGGGCAUCCUCACAUUCCACAGUCCUGAGGUGCUCAAGCUGCUGGAUAUGAAGAUCUUUGUUGACACAGAUCCUGAUAUCCGUCUGGCUAGAAGGUUAAAAAGGGAUAUCUCACAACGCGGUCGUGACCUUAGGGGCGUUCUUAAGCAAUACCUGAACAUGGUGAAGCCAUCGUAUGCUAAUUACAUAGCCCCAACCAUGGCCCAUGCUGAUAUUAUUGUUCCACGCGGAGGAGAGAACAAGGUGGCCAUUCAUCUCAUCGUUCAGCACGUGCACACACAGCUCCAGUUGCGUGGAUUUAAGCUGCGCGAAACGCUGGCCAACUCAUACAAGGACCAACCCAUGCCACAUUCUCUGCACUUGUUGCAUCCCACUCCCCAGAUCAAGGGCCUGCACACGUUUAUCCGCUGUCGGAAUACGUCCCGCGAUGAGUUUAUCUUCUACUCGAAGCGCCUGAUCCGAUUAGUCAUCGAGUAUGCGCUCAGUCUGUUUCCAUUCAAGACAACCACUGUGGAGACACCCCAGGGUGUCCAUUACGAGGGAAAGCGAAUGGAGUCGCGCAAGAUCUGUGGAGUUUCCAUCCUUCGGGCUGGCGAAACUAUGGAGCAGGCCGUUUGUGACGUUUGCAAGGACAUACGUAUCGGUAAGAUCCUUAUCCAGACCAAUCUGAAAACCGGCGAGCCGGAGCUCUACUACCUGAGGCUGCCCAAAGACAUAAAAGACUACAAGGUGAUACUAAUGGAUGCCACCGUGGCCACCGGAGCCGCAGCAAUGAUGGCCAUACGGGUGUUGCUGGAUCACGAUGUGCCCGAGGAGAACAUCAUCUUGGCCUCGCUGCUGAUGGCGGAGAUAGGUGUGCACUCCAUUGCCUAUGCCUUUCCUAAGGUUAAAAUUGUUACUUCCGCUCUGGAUCCGGAGAUUAAUAGUAAGUUUUAUGUUAUACCCGGCAUUGGUAACUUUGGCGAUCGCUACUUCGGUACAGAACCCUCGGACGAGUACUGAGGAGAAUGUAACCAAACAUCCACGUCACUGGAAACAACAUGUUUCUAAUGUACCCUAGGUUAAGUUCAAAGCGUUACUUAAAUUAUGAAUUCGGAACAA